GCCAAUGGGAGGCGGCGACGCUGCGGGGCCGAGGGAGCCGGAGCGGCGGCCGGGCCGGGCCGAGCUGCCGGUGCCAUGUCCCUGUGCCAGCGCGGGGCCGCGGCCGAGCCCGAGGGCUGCGGGUUCCCGGCGGGCGCGGGGCUGAAGGUGCUGCUGCACUGGAGCGGGGACGAGGAGCGCGAGCGCUGCCGGCUCUACGGCCGGGGGUCCCUGAGCGCCGAGGAGAUCUGCAUCGACCUGGCCCGCAGCCUCGGAAUUACCCCGCUCUGCUACAGCCUCUUCGCCCUCUACGACCCCCAGAGCCGGAUCUGGCUCCCUCCCAACCACCAGUUCCACAUCGGGAAGGACACCAGCAUCAACCUGAUCUUCAGGAUGAGGUUUUAUUUCCGGAACUGGCACGGGAUGAACGAGAAGGAGCCGGCGGUUUUCCGGAACGUUCCGCGCGCGGGGGAUUCUCCCGAGGAAAAGCCUCCCGGAGGAGCUUUGCUGGACAGAUCCUCCUUCGAGUACCUGUUUGAGCAGGGAAAAUUCGAGUUCAUCAACGACGUCGCCUCCCUGAAGGAUUUCCAGAGCGAGCCGGAAAUGCAGAAGUUCAAGAACGAGAGCCUGGGGAUGGCCGUGCUGCACCUCUCCCACAUCGCCAUCAAAAAGGGCAUUUCCCUGGAGGAGGUGGCCAGGAAGUACAGCUUCAAGGACUGCAUCCCGCGCUCCUUCCGCCGCCAGAUCCAGCAGAACAACUUCCUGACCCGGUUCCGGAUGAAGAACGUCUUCCGCCGCUUCCUGCGGCGCUUCCAGCGGCACACGGUGGCCGCGGGCAGCCUGACGGAGCGGGACGUGAUGUACAAGUACCUGGCCACCCUGGAGCAGCUGGCUCCCCGCUUCGGGAGCGAGCUCUUCCCGGUGCUGGCCCUGGAAACGGCGGCUGAGGGCGAGAAGGGGCCGCCCUGUGCCAACGGGGGCCGCGCGGAGCCCGAGCAGCCGCUGGGCCCCAGGGACUGUCCGGUCACUCACCACGUGCUGGUCACCGGCACCGGCGGCAUCCAGUGGCGGCCGGUGCCUGCAGAGAGCACGGAAGGCUUCUCCCAGCGUGGAUAUUUUGGGAGGAAGAGCAGGAACAGGGAGCCGGAGGCGCAGCCAGCGGAGCGGAGCGAGCCCCCCUGGUGCCAUUUCUGCGAUUUUCGGGAAAUCACCCACGUGGUGGUCAAGGACUCCAGGAUCAGCAUCCACCGGCAGGACAACAAGUGCCUGGAGGUGCUGCUGCCCUGCCCCAGCAGUGCCCUGGCUCUGGUGUCCCUGGUGGACGGAUAUUUCCGGCUGACAGCCGACUCCAGCCAUUACCUGUGCCACGACGUGGCCCCGCCACGGCUGCUCCUGAGCAUCCACAACGGCAUCCACGGGCCCAUGCAGGAGGAGUUUGUUUUUGCCAAGCUCCGCCGGGAGGAGCCAGAGGAAGGGCUCUACAUCCUCCGCUGGAGCGUCCUGGAUUUCAACCGCAUGAUCCUGUCCGUGCUCAAGAGGAGCCACCAGCAGGCUCCUGGGACGCCGGGAGCCUUCAAGUACCGGCAGUUCCGGAUCCAGAAGAAGGGAGACUCCUUCGUGCUGGAGGGCUGGGACCGGGAGUUCCCGUCCCUGCGGGAGCUCCUGGACGUGCUCAAGGGCUGCACGCUCAGAUCCGGCGAGGACAGCUUCACGGUGAAGAGGUGCUGCCCGCCCAAGCCGGGAGAGAUCUCGGACCUGCUGAUCACACGGAAGGCAAAGGACAACGGGAAGCAGAUCCUGAACCUCACCCAGCUCAGCUUCCACCAGAUCCGCAAAAACGAGAUCACCCAGCGAGCCCACCUGGGCCAGGGCACCCGGACCAACAUCUACGACGGGGUGCUGAGCGUCGGCGGGAGCUCCGGGAACGACGACGAGGCCGAGUAUUUCUCCACGGAGCAGAACAACAACGGGCGGGAGAUGCACGUGGUGCUCAAAGUCCUGGACCCCAGCCACAGGGACAUCGCCCUGGCAUUCUUCGAGAGCGCCAGCCUGAUGUCCCAGGUGUCCCACGUGCACCUGGCCUUCGUGCACGGCGUCUGCGUGCGCGGCUCCGAGAACAUCAUGGUGGAGGAGUUUGUGGAGCACGGGCCCCUGGACGUGCUGCUGCGCAAGGAGAAGGGCCGGAUCUCUGUGGGGUGGAAAAUCACCGUGGCCAAACAGCUGGGCAGUGCCUUGAGCUACCUGGAGGAUAAGAACCUGGUGCAUGGGAAUGUGUGUGCCAAGAACAUCCUGCUGGCCAGGAAGGGGCUGGAGGAUGGAUCCAUGCCCUUCGUGAAGCUCAGCGACCCCGGGGUCAGCUUCACUGUGCUCUCCCGGGAAGAGCGCGUGGACAGAAUUCCCUGGAUCGCCCCGGAAUGCAUUCGGGAUGUGGGGAACCUCAGCACGGCCUCGGACAAGUGGAGUUUUGGGACAACACUCCUGGAAAUCUGCUUCGACGCCGACGUCCCGCUGAAGGAGCGCACUCCCUCCGAGAAGGAGCGUUUCUACGAGAAGAGGCACCGGCUGCCGGAGCCUUCGUGCCGGGAAUUGGCCUCGCUGAUCUCCCGGUGCCUCAACUACACCCCGGUGGAGCGGCCGUCCUUCCGCACCGUGCUGAGGGAGCUGACCCGGCUGCAGCCGCACCACCUCGUGGACGUCACGUCGGUGAAUCCCGACUUCCCGGUGUCGGAUCCCACCGUCUUCCAGAAGCGGUACCUGAAGAAAAUCCGGGAGCUGGGGGAGGGCCACUUUGGAAAGGUGAGCCUGUGCUGCUACGACCCCACCAACGACGGCACCGGGGAGAUGGUGGCGGUGAAAUCCCUGAAAUCUGGGAGCAGCCCCCAGCUCCUGAGCUCCUGGAAGAGGGAAAUCCAGAUCCUGAAGACCCUGUACCACGAGAACAUUGUCAAGUACAAGGGCUGCUGCAGCGAGCAGGGGGACAAGGUGGUGCAGCUGAUCAUGGAGUACGUCCCGCUGGGAAGCCUCCGGGAAUUCCUGCCCAAGCACCCCCUGAGCCUGUCCCACCUCCUGCUCUUUGCCCAGCAGAUCUGCGAGGGCAUGGCCUACCUGCACUCCCUGCACUACAUCCACCGGGACCUGGCUGCCAGGAACGUGCUGCUGGAGAACGAGCACGUGGUGAAAAUUGGGGAUUUUGGGCUGGCCAAGGCCGUCCCCGAGGGCCACGAGUACUACCGCGUGCGGGAGGACGGCGACAGCCCCGUGUUCUGGUACGCCCCGGAGUGCCUCAAGGAGUGUAAAUUCUACUAUGCCUCGGAUGUUUGGUCUUUUGGGGUGACCCUCUACGAGCUCCUGACGCGCUGCGACCCCGGGAGCAGCCCCCCGGCCAAAUUCCUGGAGAUGAUCGGGGCCACGCAGGGGCAGAUGACAGUGCUGAGGCUGAUCGAGCUCCUGGAGAGGGGGAAGAGGCUCCCCAUGCCCAGGGAUUGUCCCUGCGAGGUUUACCGGCUGAUGAAGAACUGCUGGGAGGCCGAGGCCUCGUUCCGCCCGGCCUUCCCCAACCUCGUGCCCGUCCUGAGGAGCUUCCAGGAGAAGUACCGGGCUCAGGCCCCCUCUGUCUUCAACCUCUGCUGAGGGGGGACCCCAAAAUCCCAGGGGAUGGGGGGGAAAUCACCCCAAAAAUAUCCCUUGGGAUGGGGAGGAAAAAAUCCCAAAAAUCACAUUGAAUUGGGGGGGAAACACCCCAGAAAAUCCCAUGGGAUGGGGGCGAAAAACCCAAAAAAAUCCCAUGGGAUGGGGGGAAAAGUCCCAUAGAAUGGAGGGGGGGAAACCCCCCCCAAAUCCAUGCAGCUGGGGGGGGGGGAACACCCCAAUAAAUCCCAUGGGAUGGGGGGGAAAUCCUAAAAGAUCCAUGAAAUGGGGGGGGGAAAUCCCAAAAAUUCCCAUGGAAUAGGGGAAAGAAAAAACCCAAAAAAAAUCCCAUGGAAUGGGGAGAGUGAGGGGGAACCCCAAAAAAAAUCCCUGGAAUGGGGAGAAAACCCCAAAAAAUCCCAUGGAGUAGGGGUGGAAAAACACCAAACAAUCUCAUGGAAUGGGGGGAAAAUCCCAUGGAAUGGGGAGAAAACCCCAAAAAAUCCCAUGGAGUAGGGGAAAGAAAAAAACCCAAAAAAAAUCCUAUGGAAUGGGGUGGGGGGGAAUCCCAAAAAUCCAUGGAAUGGGGAGAAAAAAACACCAAAAAAUUCAUGGAAGGGGUAAAGGACAGAAAAGAAAUCUGUGAACUGGGGGGGAGAAAAAAAAAACCCAAAAAUUCAUGAAAUGGAAGGAAAAACCCCCCAAAGUUCCAUGGGAAGAGGAGGGACCCCAAUUCCAGACCAACCCCCCCAAAAUUCCUGAUUGCUUCCCCCCCUCCCACCGAACACUGUGAACGAGCUCUGGGGCCGGGGGUUUUGGGGUGAAAAGGGGGGAUUUGUGGAUUUGUGCGUUUCUGGAACUGUUGCCUUAUUCCCAGCCCCAUCCUCUCCCCCCGUUUGGGGCUGGGGUCGUUUUUGGGGGGCGGGGGGGGCUGGAUCUCCUUCCUGCCCUCCAUGAUUUGGGGCCUUUUCCCAAAAAAAACCCCAAAAACGGGAAUUCCACGGGGAAAAAAAAAAAAAAAACACCAAACCAAACCUGGCACUUUAUCGGGGUUUUGGGGAAUUCCCAAAAAUUCCCUUAUUUAUUGCCUGCUGUGCCCUCCCCCCCAGGAGCUGGGGGGGAUUUGGGGGAAAACCCCUGGAAUUUGGGGCGGGGAGUUGGGGUCUGGGGGGAGUCACCGGGAUUUUGGGGGAUCCAAAGGGUCCCUGAAUAAAGGAUGGAAAAGG